CCAGUAUGACAUAUCAGUAUCCUACAAUGACAUGAAUGCCCGUGUGGCCACAAUAAUUAUUGUCAGCAGCUGGGAGUGAUAGGGACUCGCAGAGAAAUGCAACGUCCUGCCCUUCUACAUCUUGAAUAGUGGGAGUCAUGAACCGCUGCAAGGUGACGCGUCCCCUGAUUUCGACCGAAACUUCAACCUAGAUACAGUCGUGUUAUUUUAUCCCCAUCCGAACCUCCCGUCAAACUGCACCAGCUCCUUUCUUAUCAAACAUCGGGACCAUCUUGCGCAGUGGUAACGUUACGGCGAACGGAGCAAGCAGUGGCGGCGGCGGCGGCCACUCCGGGGAAUGUCUACUGGCCGUCAGUCCUGACAUCGGCCUCUUCUGAUCUCACACACCAGGUCCAUGUGUGGUUGGUGAAGCGUCCAGGGGAGCAGCAUGGCAGUGUGUCAGUUGAGCGUCUGGUUGAGAUGAGUGUCGCCUGGAAGCAAUGUGAGAACCACUGACGGACCGCUUUUCUCCAUACCAGACCUCCACCUUAAUCACCAGCCAAUCAAAUGCACACGGACAAUAAACUGGCCAAUCAUGGCAAGCAGGUCACCAGUGACAGCCGAUCCCAAAUAGCCAGCGUGACCCAGCAGGCUCAGCAGCAGCAGCAGGGAGCCACUGGCCACCUGGGCCCGAAGGGCGUCGGUGCCGGGAGCCAUGGAGUCAAAACCAAUCAGGUUUCUCCCGGCAACCCUGGGCUGAAGGCGGUCAGCCAAUCGGCGAGCAGCGUCGGAGGGAUGUUGAAAAACAAAUCCAAGCGGGAGCGGAGCGUCGCCAUUGACUCUGGUGAAUCCAGAAAUGCCGUUCCUGCAGCCCUGGAGGCAGAUGCCAAAGGAGAGGGUGUAAUGCGCAGUAAGCGGCGCUGUGUUCUGGAGAAGAAACAGCCAUACAGUGGAGAUGAAUGGUGCUCUGGACCCGACACCGAGGAGGACGAAGACAAGCCGCGCACUGCGACCCACCGAGAGCGUGGGCUGGCAGGUCCUAUCCAAGGGCUCUCUGAUCGCCUGUCUGCAGGGCCCGUGUCUGAACCUGCGGGUCCCCUCAUGGGAUGUGGAGUGGGACCAGGGCUAAAGACGGAGCCUGCUCCUCAGCCUUCACAGCAAGUGGUGUAUGUUUUCACAACCAGCCUAGCCAACAGCGCUGCAGAUGCAGUAUUGAAAGGACAGACCGAUUCCAUCCUUCUGUUUCACCAGCAAAAUGUUUCACGCACCAAGUUGGAGCAGGGCCACCCAUCAGGAAAGCUUCCUAACCUAUCCGAUAAGGUAAACUCCAGCAGCUCUCCACCCACAUGCACCCCUAAAUCCCAAAGUGGAACUCCGCGCCCAGCCUCUGCAGGAGUUCGAGGCCCACUGCAUCCUGCAGGGACGCCGUCAUCGGCGGGACACUCCGAUAACGAAUCCCCUCAGACCAGACCUGGCGGAGCCUCCAGCAAUAACAUCAUCGUCGCCCAUAGGUCAGAGGGAGGGAGCACGGCCACAGCCGCAGGCCCAGUCCCAGGAACUGGAGAGGCAGAGGGUGCAGGGGGUAUGUCUCUUCCUGUUGCUUCUGUUUCUCCCUCGGGGAGUCCCUCCAUCCUUUCUGCACACCUACAGUGUGACACAGGCCAGAGGAGUGGCCCAGGGAACAUGGACGGUCUUUCCAAAGAACAGCUGGAACACAGGGAGCGUUCCUUGCAGACUCUGAGAGACAUAGAGAGGCUGUUUCUGCAAAGUGGGGCAGGUCCUGGAGACACAGCAGGCUCCAACAGCAGUGCUAGUAAUAACCCCUCCAACCUAAAUAAUAACAACAACAGCGAUAGGAGCGGUGCUCUCGAGGAACGUGACAAUGGUACUAAUAGCUCUGGAAAUUGCAGUAGUGGUAAUAUGCUAUCGUCAGCCUUGGCUCCGAUGGGAGGAAUGAAGAAAUACGAAGAACCCCUCCAGUCCAUCAUUUCUCAAACACAGUCCCUCGCCGGACCUGCCCUUGACAGCCCUCACAUGGACUCUCACCAUAACCUACCACAACACCCCCAUCACCAGCUCUCUUCACCCGGGGUCGACAUGGGUCCGUUACUUGGACCAGAAGGGCUGACCCCAGAGCAAAUGGCGUGGAGGAAACUCCAAGAAGAAUACUACCAAGAGAAGAGACGGCAACAAGACAUACAACCCCCCACACAUCCGCAGCACUUUAGAAUGACGGAGAUUGGCAUGCACGGAGGUCCCAUGAUGAUGAGAGGACCCCCUCCUCCCUACCACAGCAAGCCCGGAGAGCAGCAGUGGGGUCCUGGCAAUAUGAUGGGAGGAGGAAUGGGUGGAAAUGCACGAAUGAUAGACAUGCACCAAGAGGGACCCCGCGGCCCAAGGUUCCUGGGACAGAUGCAGAGAGGGCCACCUGGGGGAGGCAGUUUCCCUGGUAGCAAAGGGGGAGUUUUAUCAAUGGAGGGUCUAGGACCGCAAAGGCCCACCAGGCCGGGGAUGAUUUGGCUCGAUGAGAUGCCCAACAACCUAGGCGGUGGAGGUCCCUUUCAUGGCUGCUACCCUGGUGGACCUCCUCAGCACUUGCAAGGCGAGCCAGAACAUAUGAUAACACACGAGGAAAUGUUUCGCCUCAUGGAGAAACGGCAGAUGCAGGGGCUUCCCAGGUACGAACUUGACAGAUUAGCUAAACAGCAGCAACAGGGCAACAUGGGGUCGAGAAUAAUGGAUCAUCCUGGGGGCCUAGACUUUCACAAUUUGGGAAUGGGCCGGGGUCCACCCUCUUCUCGAGGUGAUCCUAUGGACUUUCCUGGUUCACGGGAGAUGAUGGGCUCUCCUGGUGGGGGUCCUCAGAUGAGGGACCUGGUGGACUCUCCUCUGGGGAGCAGCCUCACAAUGAACAUGAACCCACAGAUGAAUGUUCAGCAACAGCAGCAGAUGAUGCUAUCUCAGAAGCUCAGAGGAGGUCCUGCAGGAGGGGGGCCUUUAGGUGAGAUGUUUGGCCCCGGAGAGAUUUCACGAAUCAGGGCUUCACAGAAUGGGAGAGGAGGAAAUAAGGGAAUGAUUUCAGGACCUGACGGCCCCUUCCAGUUUCCCAAUCAUGGCCCUUUCUCUGGAGGACAGGUGGAAGGGCCCUAUCACCAACAACCUGGCCCGGAGAUGUUUGGGCCUGAUCAGCAAGGUCAUAAUCCAAUGGGAGGUACAUCACGGCUUAGUCAUAUGCCAAUGACCGGAGGCCUCAGGGGAGUAGACCUCGGUCCCAGGCACCCCUCUGACCUAUCAAUCAAUGUUAACCCCCUGAACUCUCCUUCAGGGCCUCGUCCUCAUCAGCUCAAGUCUCCAUCCCUCAACCAAGAGCCAUCUCCUCUUCUACCUUCCCCCUCUGCCCCAGGACUGAAGUCCCCCUCACAGAUCUCCUCUGCAGGGCAUCACCCCACUCUUCCCCCGGCAUCUGUCACUGGGACUCCUUCUGCUUCCAUGAAGUCUCCCCAGAUAAUGGGGUCUUCCAACCUUGGCUUGCACUCUCCGUCUGCCUCUCCUGGACAACUCAAGUCCCCUGCUAUGGCUGCGGGCUCCCCAGGGUGGGCAUCUCCUAAAACAGCUCUUCCAAGUCCCGGCGGUCCAACUAGUGGGAAGGUAGUGGGCAAUGGAGGAAGUAGUUCCACUGAGACAGGCCAAUCACUUCCCCCCAGGAGUUCCAACUCUACGCCCAUUAGCCAGCCAGGCUCUAUGAAUCCUAGUAUGCCAUUCACUUCCUCUCCUGAUAACCCUCCAUCCCAGAACCCUUUAUCGCUCAUCAUGUCUCAGAUGUCCAAGUAUGCCAUGCCCAGUUCUACUCCUCUCUACCACGAUGCAAUCAAAACAAUUGCCACUUCGGACGAUGAGAUGCUGCCAGAUCGACCUCUUCUAUCUGGUGUCAGCAUCGGAGGAAACAUGGGGAACCCCCAGACCUCGCAGAUACUUGUCUCGCAGGGCUCCAUCGGCCCCCACAGUGAUCCACAAAGCCCCAUGGCUAUUGUAAGCCAAGGUCACCAACACCUGCCCCAUGACGCCUCAGGACCCGUGCUUUCUUCCCCAAACCACAUGGGCAUGCCUGCCAUGAAUUCUGCCGUGAUGGGAGGAGGUGCACCUGACGGAAUGGGGCCCUGCAACGUUUCGCCCAUAUCUCAGAACCAGAUGGCAGGCUUUCCUCGCAUCCAGCCCCCACCGCAUGGGCCCAUGCACUCGCCCAUUGGAGGAAUGUCCCAUCACUUCUCUCAGUCUAAUGAAGAUAUUCUACCACCUCAGCAGUUACACUUGCUUAGAAAAGGUCAUCCUCACCAGCGCCCCUCCCACCCCUCAGACUCAUUUGGCCCUUUGCCCAUGGGGGAUGGCCCGGAUCUAAGUGAAGUCAUACGACCCACUCACUCAGGGAUCCCUGAGUUUGAUCUCUCCCGCAUCAUUCCUUCCGAUAAGCCCAGUAGCACUCUUCAGUAUUUCCCCAAGAGUGAGCCCCAUCAGAAUCCACACCAGGGGCCAAUUCCCCAGCAACCUACUCCACAGCAGCUCCUCAAACAGCUGUCUUCUUCUGGGCCUCCACACAGCGGCGGCCCUUCAUCCAACCCCCACUUAGCAAACCUACAGAAUAUGAUGGCUGAACAGCAGCUGCCACCCCACCCUUCACACGGUGGAUUACGCCAAAACAUGGGCAUUCCUCAGGGGGGCGCAAGGGGUAUGGUUUCUGGUGGGGGCAUGGGCCCCAUGUGCCCACCUGGACAUAUGAUGGGAAGGACAGGCAUGGUGUCCCAGCAGCAACUCCAGCAACAGCAAGCCAUGAUGGCCAACAGCCUUCUCCACCACCCUUCCAAUCCAUACCCUGGCAUGAUGCCCUCCCAGCAGCACUCACACAAUCUGAUGGCACAGCAAAACAUUAUGAUGAUGCAGGCUAAGCAGCGAAGCAUGUCAAUGCCAGGGGAUCCAUUUGGUCCCCAGGGUCCUCUAAUGUCCCCUCAGGGUCCCAUGAUGGGCCCUUCCCACCAACAGUCUGGUAUGAUGGGCCCCCAGUCUCUCAGACAGCGGGGAAUGUCUCUGGACAGUCCGAUUGGCUAUGGCCCCGGGGGUAUGGCCAAUAUGCCAUUCUGAUCCAGCUCACAUAAACUGUUAAAAAAAAGAAAAAAAAAAAAAAGAAAGAAACGUGUCCACUAAGUUACCUUCCCAUUGUGUCCAAAUUUUGUCUUUAAUGUUAUUCUUGCAGUUAUUUGAAAAGAGGAACUGUAAAAACAAUAAAUCAGUGACACUCUCCAAAUUUUGGAUUUCCACUGAUUAAAAAAAAAAAAUUGAACAUCUAAAAGCACUGUAACAAAGUUCGAUAACAAAUCAGAAGCCAUUUCCUAAAAUACUGUAAAAUAUGUAUAUUUCAAAGAUGUGUGUAUUUGUUGUGGAAACAGAGUGGCAGUCAGGAGAGGAGUGCCUCAAAUUUCUAUUUGUUUUAAUAUCAUUGAUUUAUUUUCUCCAACUACCAAACUGUUGUGCAAAAUUAAUUAUAUAUAUACAUAUAUAUAUAUAAUAUAUACCUGCUGUAUAUAAGAUGCAAUUUGUGAUUGUUUGCAGUUGUUCUGUAUAACAGUGUUUUAAUAGAAGUCUAAAAAUAGAAUAAUACUGAUCUCUA